AUGGAUCAAAUUGAAAUGGUUCGGAUGAAUCAAUCUGAGAACUGUCAACAAAACAACGACUUCGGAACGGAAGAGAAUUUCAAUGCGAAAAUUAUUAUCAGGAAUGACAUUAAAAACAAAGUUAAUCCAUUUCGAAAAUUUUUCUGGAACUUAAAACGGUUCUAUUUCAAAAUGUUAGAACAUCUUAUUGUGAUUUUAAUAGUAUCUCUUUUUUUCAUUGUUUUAAUCAUCGGAAUUACAAUUGUGUGUUUAGUAACACCGAAACCAAUAGUAAAAAAAUGUGAAUUAAAUUUUGUACGACGAAAUUCAAAUCCUAUUGAAUAUAAUUAUGGCCCACAGUCUGUUGCCAUUGGCGAUUUUAAUUAUGAUUCAUGGAUGGACAUGGUUAUUGCUAAUUCAAUUAUUAAUCAAAUUGAUAUUUAUUUAGGAUUAAAUGAUGAAACAUUUUCAAAACAGUUUCAUUAUUCUACUGGUACAAAUUCGAAUCCUUUGAUGAUUGCUGUUAAUCAUCUAAAUGAUGAUUCACAUUUGGAUAUUGCAGUAGCUAAUUAUGGAAGACAUUCCAUCGGUAUUUUCUAUGGUUUUGGAAAUGCAUCAUUUGGAGAGCAAUUUGAAAUAUCAACGGGAAAAUCAAGACCGAUAUUCAUUCAUUUAAGUGAUAUGAAUAAUGAUUCAUUUUGUGAUAUUAUUGUCAUUAAUUAUGGCGCAGAUAGUUUCACAGUUUUCUAUGGAAAUGCAAAGGAAUUUUAUAUGAAAUCUCAGACUUAUUCAACUGGAUUCGAUUCUCAUCCAUACUCAUUAACUGUUGAAGAUUUGAAUAACGAUCUUAGAUUAGAUAUUAUCGUAGCAAAUUAUGGCAUAAAUAAUAUUGGAAUAUUCUUUGCCAAUGAAAAUAAUUCAUUUAAAGAUCAAAUAAUGAUAUCAACUGGAAUCAAUUCCCAACCAACAUCAAUCGCUGCUGUCGAUCUUAAUUCUGAUCAAUAUCUUGAUAUUGUUGUAACGAAUUCUGGUACAAAGAAUAUCUGUGUGAUGUUGAAUGAUCAAUAUGGAACGUUUUCCAAACAAAUUUUCUAUUCAACAGGUUCUGUUUCACCAUAUUCGAUUGGUAUUGAUGAUUUCAAUGGAGAUAAUCAUUUAGAUUUAUUUACAAUUAAUAUUGGAAAAAAUAAUACAGGAUUAUUUCUUGGUUAUGGAAAUGGAAGUUUUCAAGAUGGAUUAAUGAGUUCAACAGGAUCAUCUUCAUCUAUUUCAUUUGUUUUAUUUGAUUUAAAUAAAGAUCAUCGAUUAGAUGCGAUUAUUGUUAAUAAUGAUACUGGAAAUAUUAAUGUUCUUCAUGGAUAUUUUCAAGGUUUUUCAAUUCGACAUUAUUUUAAUAUUUCUUCAGAAUCUUACUUUAUAAUUAAUCAUGAUUUAAAUCAUGAUAUGAUAUCAGAUUUAAUAAUUACUAGUUAUCGUGAUGAUAAACUUAUGAUUUGUCUUGUAUCUUAUGAUGGAUUGUCUUUCUAUGAAGAAUCAUAUUUAACUGGUUCCAACCCAGGUGCAUUAGCUGUUGGAGAUUUUAAUAGUGAUACAAACGUCGAUAUAGUUGUUGUUAAUUGUGAUAGUAAUAAUAUCUACAUAUACUUUGGAAAAGGAGAUGGCACUUUUCCAGAGAUAGGCGUAUAUUCAACUGGUCCUUCUCCAUAUUUUGUAGUUGUUAAUGAUUUGAACAAUGAUCAUCGAUUAGAUAUUGUUGUUACCAGUUUUCUUAGUCAUACUGUUAGUGUUUUACUAGGUUAUGGUAAUGGUUCUUUUGCACCACUAAUGAAAUAUUCACCCGGAACUACACCAUAUACUGUAGCUAUAAGUGACAUGAAUAAUGAUCAUUAUCUUGAUUUAAUUGUUACUGAUUACCAUGAUAACAAUAUGAGUAUUUUGUAUGGACUUGGCAAUGGAAGCUUUUCAAAUCAAACGAAAUUCUCAACUGGUAAUUACCCAUAUUUUGUCGUAGUUGCUGAUUUUGAUAAUGAUACUUACAUGGAUGUUGUUGUUACUCUAUAUGAAAGCCGAGUUAUAAAUGUUUUUCUUGGGCUUAGAAAUGAUUCUUUUGGAAAGCAAACUACAUAUGGAGUUGGUACAAAUCCAUCAUAUAUAGAGAUUGGCGACAUAAAUAAUGAUACAUAUUUAGAUCUUGUAGUUACUUGCUGGGGUGUGUCAGGAAUUUAUAUUUUAUAUGGAUAUGGUAAUGGUUCAUUUAGUAAUGCAAUGUUAUAUUUUACUAAUUCAUUUUCAUAUGCUGUAACUAUUGUUGAUUUUAAUCAUGAUCAACGAUUAGAUAUCAUUGUAACAGAUGUGGAAAGUGAUUCUAUACGAAUAUUAUUUCAAAAUAAUCAAGGUAUUCUUAAAAAUUAUUUGACUUAUGCAUCGAGUGGAAGUUCAAAAUUACGAUCAAUGAUUAUUAAUGAUAUAAAUAAUGAUACUUAUUUAGAUAUUAUUACAGCCAAUUAUGCUACUGAUGAUCUUAUCGUUCUGUUUGGUUAUGAAAAUAUGAAUUUUCGUAAUGAAAUAAAGAUCAAGAUGGAUAUCAAUUCUCAACCAACAUCAAUUAAGUUGGGUGAUUUCAAUCAUGAUCAACAAUUAGAUAUUGCUGUAGCUCUUGCUGGUUCAAAUCAAAUUGGAAUGUUACUUGGAAACGGACAAGGAUUAUUUAUUCGUCAACAAACGGAUCAAAUUCCUUUAUUAUAUUCUCCGUUCAUUGUUUCAACUGGUGAUUUUAAUGAUGAUGGACAAUCCGAAAUUGUUAUUGCAUACGAUGAUAGUAAUACAAUUGAUAUACUCAGUACAUAUGAUACAGGAUCUUUUCUGGUUGCACACAAAUAUUCAGUUGGUUUAACUCCAAGACAUGUAGUUGUGGACUAUCUUAAUAAUGAUAGUUAUAUUGACAUUAUUGUUGUUAAUUUUGAUUCAAAUGAUAUUCGAAUCCUAUACGGGCAAGGAAAUGGAAGUUUUACAGACCCAUUGAUAUAUUCAACAGAUAUUGGUCCAAACUAUGUCGCAAUUGGCGAUUUUAAUUCCGAUAACCGAUCAGACCUCGUUGUUGGAAAUAUCCUUGAUUAUACGCUUAAUAUAUUUCUCAGAGAGGAUAAUGAUAGUUUUUCUAAUCCAAUCACUUACUCAGGUGACUCUGGUGUAAUACAUCUAGCUGUGGGUGAUUUCAAUGAAGACAGUCGACUAGACCUAGUUAUCAUCACUUUGGUUGGAGAGAUCAUUCUAUUUCAAGGAUUUGGUAAUGGAUCGUUUUUCGUAACUGAAGUAAGAAAUCAAGCUGGUGACGGUCCAGGAGGUAUAAUUACAGCUGAUUUUAAUAAUGAUACUCAUGUGGAUCUUGCUGUUGUUAAUUAUAAUUUAAAUAAUAUUGGUAUUUGUCUUGGCUAUGGAAAUGGCUCUUUUACGCAACAACUAACGUAUUCAGUUGAUAAGGGCCCAGGUACACUGGUAGUUGCAGAUUUAAACCAUGAUAAUCGAUUGGACAUUGUUACGACUAAUCUGGUUAACAGUGCAGUAACUGUUCUUCUUGGCUAUGGUAAUGGAUCUUUCUCAAAUAAAAAAAUCUUUUCAGUUGGCUCAUACCCAACAUCUAUCGCUAUUGGUGAUUGUAAUAAUGAUAAUUAUGCAGAUAUUAUUGUUGCAAAUGCUGGUGAAAACUUCAUAAGUGUCUUGUUAGGAGAUGGUACCGGUUCAUUUGGCCUUCAAACAGCAUAUACAACUGGCUCCAAUCCAUAUUCUCUAGCAAUACAUGAUUUAAAUAACGAUAAUUACCUUGACAUUGUCGUUGCUAAUUUAGACGCGACUUUACUCAUCAUGUUUGGCUAUUCUAAUUUCGUUUUCCGAAAACAAACAACACUUUUCACUGGAACUAAUUCUCGAUCACGUUCAUUUGCUAUUGAUGAUUUUAACAAUGAUGAACAUAUGGAUAUUGUUGUAGCUAAUUCCGGUACUCAUAAUAUUGGUAUUUUCUUUGGAUAUGGAAAUUUGACCUUUACGGAUCAAACAACAUAUUCAACAGGCUUUAAUUCAUAUCCAUAUUCUGUGGCAAGUGGUAAUUUCAAUAAUGAUACUCGAUUAGAUCUUGUCACUGCUAAUUAUGGUUCUGAUCAGAUUGGUAUUUUUCUUAGUUAUGAUAGUAAUUCAUUUACAAAUCAAAUAACAUAUUCAACUGGUUUAUCGUCAUCACCUUAUUCACUUACAGUUGGAUAUAUAAAUAACGAUGAUAAACUUGAUAUCGUUGUUGUGAAUUACAGUAAUAAUAAAUUUGGAGUUUUUCUUGGUCACGGCGAUGGAACAUUUGAUAAUAUAAUAUUCUUUUCAAUGCCGUAUAGAUCUCAUCCAUUUUCUGUUGCUCUUGCUGAUUUUAGUCGUGAUGGAAAACUGGAUGUUGCUGUUAUCAAUAAUGGAACAGAUAGUUUGAGUUUCUACUUACAACCUUGUUAA